AACAUUUUACCACUGAUAUAAUCCAUAAUCUGUAAACGUCAAUCGAAUCGCACGUACUUGUCAAAAAUAAUUUAAACCUGUGUACGGUUCAUAAUAUUUUUAAUUUUUUUUCAGCUAGUAUCAAUUUCCAUCUAGCUUGUUACGGGUGGGAUAAACCUUCAAAUCAGUUCUACGUGUACGAUUCAUUUCCUGGCUGUAUAAACCCCCAGAAAAACAUGGCAGUAACAUUAAGAAGUUUGUCCAACAAGAUUGGAGCUAGGGCUUUGCCCCUGAAGGCAGUAGCGGCUCCCAGAACUUAUUUUACGUACGUUAACGAACCCGCUCAACCCAUUCAGGGAAAAGAACCCAAAUGGGUGACCGCAGAGGAGGCUUUUCAAGAUUUACAGUCAGGCCAAACAGUUUUUUCUCAGGGGGCUGCGGCCACCCCUAUAGCCCUGUUGACAGCUAUGACAGAAGUGGGUAAAAAGAAAAACCUAAAAGACAUUACAGUUUGUCAUAUGCACACGGAAGGUCCCGCAGCUUACACUGACCCUUCGUGUGAGGGUAUUUUUAGGUCUUGUUCGUUUUUUAUGGGAGGCAAUGUGAGGAAGGCUGUAGCUGAUGGCAGGGGUGACGCUAUUCCCAUAUUUUUGUCAGAAAUCCCACUUCUGUUUUAUAAACAAAUUAUCAAGCCUGACAUAGCUGUUAUUCAGGUUUCGCCGCCAGAUCAGCAUGGUUACUGCAGUUUAGGUACCAGUGUCGAUUGCGUCAGAGCCGGUAUGACGCAUUCAAAAAUAAUCGUAGCUCAGGUGAAUCCCAAGUUGCCUAGAACGUUCGGCGACGGUAUUAUCCACAUCAGUCACAUAGAUUACGCUGUCAAAGUCGAUACACCGUUGCCAGUUCACGGCGGCAAACCGCCCAGCGAAGUCGAAACGAAGAUCGGCAAAAAUAUCGCCGAAAAUUUGGUCGAAGAUGGGGCAACGCUGCAAAUGGGUAUUGGAAGCAUACCCGAUGCCGUUCUUACCGCUCUAACCAAUCACAAGGAUCUGGGAAUCCAUUCUGAGAUGUUUGCCGGGGGCGUGAUCGACCUGGUGAACAGGGGUUGCAUAACCAACAACAGGAAGAUCAUUCACAAAGGCAGGAUAGUGGGUUCUUUCCUUAUUGGAACGCAGGCGCUGUAUGACUUCGUUGAUAAUAAUCCAUUUAUUGAGAUGUUGGUGGUGGAUUAUGUGAAUAAUACCAGUAUUAUUGCAAGGAACCCAAGGAUGACAGCCAUCAAUUCGUGCAUAGAGGUAGAUUUGACAGGACAGAUAGUCUCAGACUCGAUAGGUACAAGGAUGUACUCAGGGUUCGGAGGUCAAGUUGACUUUUUACGAGGUGCUGCCGAAGGUUUUGACGGAAAAGGCAAGCCCAUCAUCGCUCUGCCCUCCACAACGAACAAGGGAGAUACUAAGAUAGUCCCAACGAUCAAACAAGGUGCCGGAGUUGUCACGACAAGGGCGCAUGCUCACUACGUAGUGACAGAACACGGGAUCGCCUACCUGUUCGGUAAAUCGCUGAGACAGAGGGCUCACGCUCUGAUAAAUAUCGCCCAUACUGAUCACAGGGAGGCUCUAGAAAAAGCAGCUUUCGACCGCUUGAAAGUGAUGCCAUCGCCUUAGAUUUAUAGACAGUAAUAAUUUAUAUAAGUUAAAAAACAGCGCGCGCACAUACAAAAUAUUGUUAUUAUUUUUUAUAUAGGCCUACGAAUUCUCUUGUAAAGUAAUAAAUAUUGAUAAGUAUUAAA